AUGUGCAUAAUUAGAUUUUGGUGUCUUUUCAGUGGAGUGUCGCAGUCACAAAUAUCUGCAUGUGGUGGUGCAUCAAUAUCGAGUUCAAUAACAGGUAUGCAACUGACGAGAAGGAACAAUACGCCUGGAGGUGCUACUAGUAAUGCAUCAUCAGCACAGCGUCGUCUCAACUAUAGAAUCUUGUCCGAUAUGCCUGAUGAGGAUUGGGGCAUACCCGAUGUUUGUCUGCAAAAAACUGCUGAGGUCGUAUUUAUAAUGGAACAAAAGAAUAGUCGUAAAGCAGUUGGAAUGCUGAAAGUAAUGGCUGAUGGGAAUCGCAAUUGGGCCCUGUUCUCGCCUGGUGAUUCACGUAUGCCACGAAUGAUGAUUCCUGCCGAUCAGAUGCCCGCUGGUUUCUUCGAACGGCCACUUGAUUUCAGUAAAUUCAUAUUCGCUGCUCAUAUGGUGGAAUGGCAGGCCACUGCGCAGUUUGCUAGAGGGAAAUUAUACAAAAGUCUUGGGUUGGCGGGUGAUAUUGAAGCAGAAACUGAGGGUCUUUUGUUGGCAAACGAUAUUGAUACGCGAGAAUUUUCAGCAUCGUCACUAUCGUCCUUACCCAUUUCUGAUGGAGUUCAAUGGUCCAUUGAUGAGAAAGAAUUCAAAUAUCGUCGUGAUUUUCGCAACGAGACCGUCUUUACAAUUGAUCCAUUAUCGGCACGAGACUUGGACGACGCACUCCAUCUAAAACCAAUUGAUGAUUGUGAUGGUGCUGGUAAUCCUGGAUGGGAGGUUGGAGUCCACAUAGCAGAUGUAUCGCACUUCGUUCAAGCUGGUACGGAGCUGGACCAUUGGGCUGCCAGUCGAGCAACAUCAGUUUAUCUUGUUCAUAAGGUGAUUCCAAUGUUGCCACGAAUUCUGUGCGAAGAACUGUGCUCACUGAACCCGGGUGUAGACCGUUUGACGUUUUCGGUUGUAUUCAAAAUGAACUAUCAAGCUGAAGUGUUCGAUCAGUGGUUUGGUCGUUCGAUUAUACGUUCUUGUUGCAAAUUGGCUUAUGAACAUGCACAGGAUAUGAUCGAGCACGAGGAUAAAGAAUUCGCUAAAGAAGAACUACCGGAAAUAUAUGAUAACAAGAGCGCAGCAGAAAUCCAACAAAUUGUCGUACGUCUGAAUAAGUUGGCACAACUGCUACGCAAAAAUCGUUCGGAUCACGGUUCAUUGCAGUUGGAUCAACCCAAGUUGUGCUUUAGAUUAGAUGAAACCAGUGGUCUGCCGAUAGCAGUCUCGAUUCAUGAGCAAAAAGACGCCAACAAACUUGUCGAGGAAUUCAUGUUGCUAGCGAAUAUGGCAGUAGCACGUAAAAUUGAGAAAGAAUUCCCAAAAAUAGCACUUCUUCGUCGACAUCCUCCACCCAAAGCCAAGGUUAUUAGUUUGAACGCUCUAUUGAAUUACCUGAUAUUCCGUUUGAAAAUGGCCCGUGAACAUCGUUUCGUGGAAGGAACCAAUCCAACACUUACACUUUAUUGGGACUCCCAUAUUGAGGGAUCGAACGCGGUUAUUGAACAAACAAUAUCAAUUUGUACUAUUGUUGAUAUCGUUCUGUCCGCACUGCCUGAACCAACCAAAUAUCAGGCAACCAUUAAAGCGCCAGCUAGUGGGAUUGAUACGGGUUCGUCACUUUCUGAAGCCAUUACGGUUUCGGAUCGUUCAUAA